UCUUCCCAAAUGGAAUAUUUCCUCCUCAAAAUUUUCCUUCUUAAUUUUAUGUUACAAUUUUCUAACACCAUUAACAUAGACUUACACCAAUUAGUUUUCACAACAUGUACUCAAAAUCAAACAUUAGUACAAAAUUAUGAUUCUUCAAAAUUAUCAAUUGUUUCAUCACUAUUUCAUGAAUUUCUUGAUAAGUCCUUAGAAUCAAAAUUCUUUGAGACAUAUGCAGGUGAUGAAAAAAUAGCCAUUUUGGGAUUAUUUCAGUGUAGAAAUGAUCUUAAUUAUAAUGAAUGUCAUAUUUGCACAAAUAGACUUAUUGACAUUUAUAGCCAUUUUUGUGGUGAAAAAAUCCCAGCUAGAGUUCAACUUUCUGGUUGUUAUUUGGAUUACAAGGUAGAGGAAAAGAGAGAGAUGUCUAAGCUUCAAAUGCUUCAUAAGGUUUGUAGCAAGAAAAGGGAGAAAUCGCGUAGUUUUACGGAGGAAAUGAGCAAUGCAUUUGAUGAAAUUAAGAGUUGUGGAAUGAAUGGAAAUGGAUUUUGUGAUUUGAGUAUUGGGAAAGUUCAUGUUAUGGCACAAUGUGUUGGUAAUUUAGGUGGUUGUGAUUGUGGUGAAUGUGUGAACAAAGCAGUGCAAACUGUUCAUGAUGAAUGUUCACAUUCUUUAGUUGGAGAAAUUUAUUUGGAUGGAUGUUAUUUGAGUUAUAGCUAUGAUAAUAAUAAGAUUACUAAUCUUGACCUAGAUGAAGGAUAUGGGAAUGGUACACAGAAAUUGGCAGCUAUUGUAAUUGGAGGAAUAGUGGCUACCAUUUUGUUAGGUGUAGUUUAUUAUUUCUUCAAGUCUUGUGGAAAAAAGGAUGAUGAUUAUUGGUGAACCAAGAUGGGAAGUAGGUUUGAAUUUAAUUAAUCAGUAGAGGAACUUUUAUCUUCUCCCUCAAUAAUUCUCUAAUUAUAAUAUCUAUUUGUAAUUAUAUAUCUAUUUGUAUAAAUUCUUUAUUCAUUUUUUUCUUAAUUUUUUUAGAUGUGUAAUUGUACUAAACUAAUUUCAUGUAACAAAUGGAUAUAGUGCAAGUUUUAGUUUUAGUUUUUUGUU